AUGUUUCGGGCGACCGAGCCGGUGUGGUCCAAGGCCAGCCGCCUUCCCCUGACGUCGAAGAAGGCGAACAAGGACUUUUACAAGGGCACUCGCGCUGCGAAUGUGUUGCUGAGGAAGCGCAUCGCGCUGGCUGACCCCAAGGGGCAUCAGCUGUAUGAUGACAAGGAUCGGCCGCGGACAUGGAACUUGCGCACGCACCGCAUCGACGAAGCUCGCAUGGUGUCCUUUGUCGUGCCUCCAGGUCUCGCAGAUACCAGGCUCAAGCCAUAUGUGUACCUGGGCAACGCCUCUGAUGGCGGCACAGAACGCCCUCAGCCUGGACAGCCAGGCGCGCCCAAGAUGCCCGCUGGCGGCAUGAAUGCGACGUACUAUUCUCGCCUUGUCGACCGCGCACUAUUGUCUAAGGCCAAGUAG